AUGAAUCUGACGCAUCCAGGAGUCGGUGGGACAGGUCUAUUGUUAGAUGUGUCGAAACUACCCAAAGAAGAAGCCGAGAAGUUCCAGAGGAGUUUGGAGCAGAGGGAGUACUCCAGUUAUACCAGUAGUCUCAUACCUCUCCAGAGAUCUCUGCCUGAUAUCCGUCUUAAAGGAUGUCACUCGUUGUACACAGACCUCAAUCUCCCUGAAACCAGUGUGAUCAUUAUCUUCUACAACGAGCACUGGUCAGUCGUGUUACGGACUAUCCACAGCAUCAUGGACAACACUCCACCUCAUCUCAUCAAGGAGGUCAUCUUAGUGGACGAUGCGUCCACAGACGAGGUUCUGAAGGAACCGUUAGAGGAAUAUGUCUCCCGAUUCAGGAAAGUACAGCUACUGCGAGCUGAGUCCCGGCAGGAUUCUAGAAGCUUCAAAAUCGUCAAAAUCCACGAAUGGGGGAAGCGAAAGAGUCUUUUAAUACCCACUCUUACCUUCCCCAAUCUUUUCUUCACCUGGUCCUCCAUGUCAGAAGAAGAGUGGAAGAAGAGAACACGGGAGACUGAUCCAGUUCGGUCUCCAGCCAUGGUUGGAUGUGUCAUUGCCGUCAGCAGGAGUUGGUUCAAGAAACUUGGAAUGUUUGAUCCUGGUUUGGAAAUCUGGGGUGGGGAGAAUACCGAGUUAUCUAUCAAGACGUGGCUAUGUGGAGGUGGACUGGAGAUCAUUCCCUGUUCGAAUGUAGCGCACAUGUACCAUCCUCAUCGACCAUCAGAAGAAAGUGACAUCAGGUACAAAAGAAACAUAGCUCGAGUGUCCAACGUAUGGUUGGACAAGUACAAACAUUACACUGACAAUUGUGACGGUAGCAUUGCGGAUUAUGGUGACAUUUCGGAUAGGAUAGCACUCAGAGAUUCACUGAAAUGUCAUCCAUUUGAGUUUAUUUGA